UUGUUUGGUACGCAUUUCCUGUUGGGAGCGGCAGCUUGUGACUGUCCAGCCUGUUUGGUUACCUGGGGAAAGGUUUAGGAGCUUUAGACUAAACAAUAAUUGUAUUUAUUUUUGCUUCCAGACAAAGAAAAUGCCUUUGUUGUGCGGAGGAACCACCGAGGCGAAGGACGCCACCGAGGAAGUGCAGAAAAUCUGUGAUGAGAUGAAGCCUCAUGCGGAGGAAAAAGCAGGAAGAAAGUUUGACGUCUUCACUGCUAAAUCCUACAAGUCACAGGUGGUAGCUGGAACGAACUAUUUCAUCAAGGUCCAUGUGGGUGGCGAUGACUUUGUUCACCUGCGUAUCUAUAAGACGCUGCCACACGCUGGAGAAAAACUGACACUUCAUGGAAUACAGACACCCAAAGCCCAUCAGGACCCCAUCGAAUACUUCUGAACAUACACUCCAUUAAGAAAGAGACACCAUCGAAACUGCACUAACACACAUAAACAGGCACUGUAUUUGAAUUUGUAUUCCAUAUGGAAUGUCACUGGCUUAAAACUGAGUGACAUUAAUCACAACCUGUUUAUUCCUUUUUACUUCAUAAACUGACAAGAAAUGAGCUGCUUCUUCAAUUAAUAAAAUGACAGUGGUAAUCUCUCAUAAAUGUUCUGCACUAAAGGGAACAAAUGGAGUGGUAUUUGGUAUUUGAUGUGUUUAUAAUGUGUCUAUAUGUCCAUCUUGAAGAAUGCAAUACCUGUAAUGAGAUUAAAGGUAAAAAUAAACAUUGACACAUGA